CUUAAUGUGGACAGCAGUGAACAGUCCCUCAGUCAGUGCGGCGGACAGAAAAGUAAAGUGCUGUAGAGGUUCAUAGUUACUCCGCAGGAUGCCACUGCAAAUGAAUUACAGAUCGUUGACAACUCCAGUAGGAAUUGUGAGACUUUUUCAACUCUUUCUUUCCUGCACGGCAUUCAGCCUGAUCGCUCAUGUGGAGCGUUAUUCUGGACCUUAUGGAGGUUGGUGCAUGUUUGCAUGGUGCUUCUCCUUUGCCGUCACCCUGCUCAUUAUUGUGUUGGAGCUGACAGGCCUUUGCAUCAAUAUUCCGAUAUCCUGGGAAGAUUUCACCACGUCGUUUGCGAUGCUGGCUAUGCUGAUGAACCUGACUGCCUCGAUUAUUUACCCUUCGGUUUUCAUCCCGCCUGAAAAGCAGGUGAUUAAGGACCAUCAAAUAGCAGCCACUGUCAUGUCCUGCCUGUGUUUUAUUGCUUAUGCGAUUGAAGUGGGUCUCACGCGAGCAAAGCCUGGUGAAAUCAGUGGAUUUUUAAAGACUAUUCCAGGACUCCUUAAAGUGUUGGAAGCUUUUAUCGCCUGCAUUAUCUUCAUACUUGUUGAAGGGUCGUACAAUGCCAACUCUGGUCGGAAGUGGUGCAUGGCUGUGUACUGUAUCUGUUUUAUCGUCACCUUCCUGAUCAUAAUUUUAACCAUUGCUAAGCUCACAGCCACGUUACCAUUUCCAUUCGAGAAGUUUUUGAUGGCCUACAACAUCCUGGCUGUGCUGAUGUACAUCACCGUGGCAAUCAUCUGGCCAGUUUUCUGCUUCAGUGAACGCUAUAGGAAUCGGAACCCACCGUCCUGUAAACCAGGCGAAUGCAAAUGGGAUAACCAAGUCAUAGCGACUGUUUUAACCUACGUUAAUCUUAUUGUGUACAUUGUGGAUCUGGUUUAUUCAACCAAGUUGGUCUUUAUUGCUCAGGCUUAAGUGCUUCGGAAUACUGUAUGCAUUGCUGAUAGGGAAGAUACCUUUACUGGGGAUCCUAAAUCAAUAUAACAUAUAUUGGAUCUUUUCAUUCUGCAAGCUAGUAUUGUUCCUUAUGGAUUUAAAUUAUUGAAGCUGUUAAGAGCAUCCAUACUUCUCUGCCCCUGAAUACCCUCAGUGGGUUGAUAUGGUACUGAACCCUAUCACUAUCAACCCUUGCUCCUUCAUCCCUUUUGUCUUUGGAUUUCUCCUGUCUCCACCCUCUCACAGACUUUCCCCUUUGGCUUCUCCCCCCUCCCUCCCCUUCCCUUCUCUAGGUUGGAUGGAAAGUCAGCAGAAAUGAAGUGUUAACUCCACUUCUCCACCCAGUGGAGCUGGCAGGCUUGGUGAACGUUGGCAGUCUUUUCUGUUUCCAGUUAAGUUUGUGCAUUGGUACCGUAUGAGCCGCCCUCUCACACAAAGAUAACACGGGCGAUAAAAGCUGAGGUGCACCACACAUGGGGUCAGGAUUUGUCUUCCACUUUGAUUCACAGAGACACAGUGAUCAACCUUACCAGCCCAUGCUGUGGUGAGCUCCGUCAAGGUCCUUACUCUUCGUGGCUACUUAGUGCAGGUGUGUAGGGGCUGAACAUGGGACAAGGCAAGGAUUUGGUUUGGCUUUAUGAGGGAGCAUAAGCUUUUAUCAUCUGUGUUAUUUUUGUGAUUGUUGAGGGCUCAUACAAUGGGUAGUUUAGGUUGUUGGUGGCACAUAGCUGUGCACUGCAUUAACUUCUUCAAACCUUUGAAUGAAUGUGGACGUAUAUUUGCAUCAAUGAAUACAACAUUCUUCCAUUAUAAAUACACUUUAUUAAAAUGUUUGUAUACAAGAUCUACAGCAUAAAGAAUAGAGACUUUGUUUCCAAAUCAUACAGGAGGUCAGCUGAACAGACUUGUUAAGUUUAUGAGCUUUUUGCAUGCUGUCCUCAGAUUAAAGCAAGUUUCUUCCAACAACAAACAAGGACUUCUUGGUGACUGAACUGAUGUAUUCCUUCAGUCUGUACGACAUUCCAGGGGUGAUGGUCUCUGGAAGACAAUUAUGACCAGUACCACCAUAUUCCAAGAAUCAGAGAAAGAAACCAAGGAUCUGGAUUUGGAGCAGCUUACCUUGUCUAACCUUGGUGCUGCUUUAAGGUGGCUGGGUAUUUGUACAGGAUAGGGGUUGAAGUGUGGGAAACAGGGCUGCCUACUCCCAAUUGUUCUCAGGCUCCCCUGUUGGAAUUAUUCCCAUGAGGUCUGAACUACCAUUCAAAUUCUUCUCCAGUACUUCACAAAAAAUCUAAUCGUUGCUUGUUUGUUCUCAAAGUGAUUUAUUUUGCUAUGUUUGGGAUUUCUUACUUUACCACCAAUUAAAGUAGUGGCAACUCUUGUGACAGUCUUUCAUUUUACUGACACAGAGGCUUUUCAAAAUCAACAACUUCAGCAGGGAAUCCAUAGCACAGAGAGAUGACAUUUGACCCAGCCCAAUCUGUACUGGGAGCUAUGUUGCUCAAGGGCCUCCUCUCACUCAAAGUAUUUCUUCCCUCCCUUCCUUUGCCAACAGCCCCACCCUAUUCCUUCAUUACCUACCCACACUUUCAUAUCAAAACUCCCCCUUACAAAAGCAAUGUUGAAGGACCAUUUAGACAGGCACAUGAACAAGUAGGUAGCUGAGCACAUGCAGGCUGAUGUGCAGUUUAAAUUGUAAUCAUGGUCAGCACAGACACUGUGAGCUGAAGGGCCUGUUCUUGUGCUGUUCUACAGAAUCAUACAGCUUGGAAGCAGGCCCUUCAGCCCACUGAGUCUAUACUGACCAUCAACCACCCACUUAAACUUAUCCCAUUUUAUUCCCAUUACACUCAACUGUACCCUAGGGGUAAUUUACAGCCAAUUAUUUUACCAACUCUCAUAUGUUUGGGAUGUGGGAGGAAACAG